CACAUUUUAAUUUGCACAUUCAAUUUGCACAUUUGAAGUAAAUCCACUGCAAGUUUCAAGUAUAAAAUACAACAUUAAAAACCUCUUUCAAAAUUAUGGCAGAAAUAGACAAGACUAACAAAAUUUCAGGCGGUAAGGACGAAAGGCUACCACUAAAAUUUGACACUCAACUGAAGCGACUAGUUUCUAUAGAGUACCCUGGAUACAUCCACGAUGUUUCAAAAACUCUAAAAACACUUGGGGGUGAAGGGCAACUAAGUGCUACAUUAAACGAUUCUUUAAGACGCAUCGGGAUAAACUUUCGGCCAAAUGAUCCAUACUGUCGGCAGAGUUUUGGCGACCGAUCUCCAGCGACCGACUUAUUAAUGAAAGUUAAACGAAAGAAACGAAUGAAAAAUGGGAUAGAAGAAGUGAAAUAUGAGUGUGAAAUGUUGGGAGUAAUUGAUACCGUUGUGAAGUAUGUUGCUCACCAUUGCAUUGGCAUUACGGCACUAACAUUAAUUUGUUUAUAUUGGACAGUUCUAUAUAAACUGAUCUCUCUAGUGUUUAUAAAGGGGCAUUGCCUAUGGUCCAGUGUUAUUACAGGAGGAAACAUGCAAUGUUUGGUACAGUCAAACUGAAAGCACUCUUCUCCAAAUUAUAAUAAGAUAACUGCAUAUUGCAGGACUCAAACCCAGGUCACAGAGUUGAAUGACACAUACACUAUACCACUACCCCCACCAUGUUUUAUGACCUAUGAUACUUUUAUCAGAUUCAAAGGGCUGGCAGAUUUUCAGUACCUGGCACCACAGAUACCAGACUUACUGGAUGGUCUGCGCGGUAGAGAGAUCUUAGACAUUGAAACAGAUUUACACCUCCCUCCCCCCGCAUUCUGCAGAAUUGAUCAUCCUUUUGAUUACCAGUAUAGAACUGACCCUGUUAGCAAAGAUAGAACAUCACAAGCCAAUGAACAGUAAGUUAUUAAUCCAAUUAGGUCACUUGACUCAUUAGACUGGGUUUGUUAUACAAGGUUCAGUUGGCAAUCUUGUUUGUUAAAUAAGGUUUGUUAUAUAAGGUUCGUUAGAUAAGGUGCAUUAGACAAGUUUCAUUAGACAAGUUUCAUUAGACAAGGUUCAUUAGACAAGGUUCAUUAGACAAGGUUCAUUAGACAAGGUUCAUUAGACAAGUUUCAUUAGACAAGUUUCAUUAGACAAGUUUCAUUAGACAAGGUUCAUUAGACAAGGUUCAUUAGACAAGGUUCAUUAGACAAGGUUCAUUAGACAAGGUUCAUUAGACAAGGUUUGUUAGACAAGGUUUGUUAGACAGGGUUUGUUAGACAAGAUUCAUUAGACAAGUUUCAUCAGACAAGGUUCGUUACACAAGAUCGUUAGACAAGGUUCAGUAGACAAGGAUGAUGGUAUCAUUUUCUGUUAAGAUUUAGUGCUAGUAGAGUGAGGGUUGUUGCUAUCAUGGUAAAUUCACUGCAAUGUUAUAUUUAGACGUCUUGGCACAACAUUUCGAAAACCUCGACCUUCCCAUGUGAUAUCCUGUCAUUUCCAAACCCCAGAGGUACCAACCGAACCAAAAGAAGGGGCUGUCAAAAACAUGGAAAGAUAUAAUAACGAAGGCUUAGAUGUUGUUCAACGUUUGUUUAACAUGAGACCUGUGUGGUCUCGGCGGGCUAUAGUCUGCCACGUGGGAGAAAUUAAUGCAAAAAGAAUUAAGUAUUUGUUGCCACGUGUGGCUUAUUAUUGGAUUGGAGGGCCUUGGAGAACCUUUUGGACCAAGUUUGGCUAUGAUCCAAGAAAAAACCCUGCAGCUAAAAUGUAAAGUUUUUAGUGGUAAAAAUAAUUCUAAAGAUGUGUCAUAUAUAUAGAUGCAGCUACACUCAAUCUUACUUCUUGAUGAAAUUUUUGUCUAGACUUGUUGAAUUCAAAAUUUUGGUUAAUUGGGGAAUGGUCCAUUACCCAUAUUUUACUUCUUUUCCUAGAUAUCAAAAACUCGACUUCAGAUUGCGCACCAAGAAUGCGUUACGUGGUAUGAAACUACCUCCUACAGUGCGCAGUAUUUACGAGUUCCCAUUUACCACGCGUUUCCAGAAAGGACUCAACAACUCUAUUGUACCACUGGGAGUAAACAAUACCAACAGUUCUGAGAAAGCUGGCACUAGUUCAGAGAAAGCUGGGCCUAGUUCCGAGAACUUUGUCACAGAAGGAGGGGAUAUCGAUAUGUUGGUAGAUACGCCUGGGACACCGGAGAUUUUGCCCUACGCAUUUUAUCCUGAUCGGCCACCAACCACGCGGCAAAUCAUCUAUCAAUUGUGUGACAUACGUUGCGCGGAGGCCCAGAAGCUGAUUUCUGCGAACGAUGGACGGGUGCGUGAGGGAACUGUUUUGUUUUGUAUUUUGUUUCUAACUUGCAGAGAUAAUAAGAUUUGUAGGAAACACGCUUUGUAUAUGCAGUUAGCGCGUUCGUAUGAUCUGUUGUUUUAAUUAAACAGAGUCAUAAGAAGUAGAACAUGUUCUUGAAUGGCGUCGCAUUCUAUUUACGCAUACUACCUCUGUAUGAUCUAAUCAAAUCAUUUUAAGGUAGCCCACAUUCAAGAACAUGUACUACCUCUGUAUGAUCUAACCAUGCUAAACUCAGCAGUGAGUUCUAUACAACAUCAGAUCAUUGAAGGUAGCUCACAUUCAAGAACAUCUGCUACCUCUGUAUGAUCUAACCAUGCUUAACUUGGUUUAAUCAUGAAAUGAUCUGAUGUUAAACAGAACUCAUGUAUGAGUAUUCAUUUCUGAUGAACAUGUCUCCUAAAACUCUUACACCACUAUCAUUCCAUAUUAGGAACGGGAAUGCAACGAGAGUGAAGGAUGGAUGGAGCUUGGAACUAGUGAGAAAAUACGUGUUGUGCUAACCAACACUUUGAUUGAACUCCAUAAAAAACAGAAGAACACAACAGGAACAAUACUUGCGGAUGAUGAACAAGGAGGGGAAAUGGAAGACGAAGAGGCGACAUUUCUCGACACCCUGAUGGACGAUGACGACGUCGAAGCUUAUGAUCUUUUGGACGAUGAUUUUUAGUGAAUGCAAAUUCAUACUGACUUCGUAUCUUGUUUGUGUUUUUCUAUUUAUAUUGCAAAACCAUUCAUAAAUUAUUAUAAAUAUUAAUAAAUAUGUUUCACCUCGACAAGUGAUUGUCAGUGUGUGUAGUAAAACCAACAAACGAAGCAAUAAAACAAGACGGUAUUUGGAGCUGGGCUGAUCCGGGAUAUUUUGUUCAAUAAAGCUUUUAUUGCAGCUCUGAUAAACAUGCAAAAUGACAAUUCAA